AUGGAUCAGGCACACACAGAGAUGCAGACCAAAGUGGAAAAGAGGGAACAAUGGAAGAAGAAAAGGGAAUAUAUUCUGACAUCAGCAGGCAACAUGGUGGGCCUGGGCAAUGUGUGGAGAUUCCCCUACCUGUGCUAUAAGAAUGGAGGAGGCGUCUUCCUGUUGCCUUACUGUUUCUUUGCUGUGCUAUGUGGCCUGCCACUCUUCCUGCUGGAGACUGCGAUUGGUCAGUACACGCAGGAGGGCCCCACCACCUGCUGGAUCCAGCUCUGUCCACUGGCACAGGGGACUGGAUACUCAACCAUAGUGAUCCAGCUGUAUUCCAGAAUCUACAAUAUUAUCCUGGCCUGGGCCAUCCUCUACUUUAUCUACUGUUUCAGAGACCCUCUGCCAUGGGCCACCUGCAACAAUCCCUGGAAUACAGACAGAUGUGUGGACCUCACCUCUUUAAACAGGACGGCAAUACACAGUGGCAACCUGACAGUAAACUGGACCUCUGGAAAUCUUAUCAAGUCUUCAAUCUCUGAGUUCUGGGAAAGAGGAGUGCUAUCCAUGUCUGGGGGAAUUGCAGAGGUUGGUACAGUACAGUGGGAUCUGCUGCUGUGUCUCUUGGCCUGCUGGGUGGUCUGCUACUUCUGCAUCUGGAAAGGGGUCAGCUCCACAGGGAAGGUGGUGUAUUUCACAACUUUGUUCCCCUAUGUGAUGCUGAUCAUCCUGCUGAUCAGGGGGUUGACGCUGCCAGGAGCCUGGCAAGGUGUGGUCUACUACCUGUAUCCAGAACCAUCCCGCCUUGCAGACCCUCAGGUGUGGAUGGAGGCUUGCACUCAGGUCCUCUUCUCCUAUGGUGUGGCAGCAGGAGUCGUAACUACACUAGGCAGCUACAACAAAGUCAAGAACAACUGUUACAAGUACGCCAUGUAA